UACUGCUUAGUUUACAUGUGUAGAUCUAAUGAUGCGUUCAAUCUAGUUUACAUCUGCAAUGUCAUGAUUUAUUUAUGGAAUAAAUUAAAUCAUUAUGCGCUUAUAAUUUCAACAUAUUGUAGCCGCACACGUAGCAUGCAGUCCUGGAUUGCUUGAAUCUAUCGGCAUCGGCUGAUUGACAACUAAUCAAACAUAACCAAUUGACCUUGACCAUAUCAUCAAUCGAACCUUUCACUGGAUAUAUAAGCAUGCAUAUACACACUAUAGGCAUGAGAUUUUAUAUAUAGAGAGAGAGAGAUAGAGAUCUGAGUUGACCGCCGUCGACUUAAUUAGCAUUCAAGUUUUUAGGAGAUAUUCUUUUUAUCUUGGAAGCAAUGUACAUCGAUCUGCCAUGCAAGCAUGCAUGGAUCAUGGAUGCAUUAUGCAUAUAUGCGUGAUGAGGAAGCAUUAUAUGCAUCUGGCAUCUCAACACUUGACUUAAUUAUCUCUUGAGGCCACAAUAUAUAGCUAGGAUAAAGUAGCCGAUCAAGCAUGCAUGAAGCACUUGAAACCUUGUGUGCUUAUAAGUAGCUAGCUAGCUAUAGGGGCAGCUCCAACACCUUGCUACUGCAGAAAAGUGUAAAAAAUGGCUAGUGGAUCGGAUGCAAUGGGCACUUUCCUUGCGAUGGCAGCGUUAACCUUCCAAGUGAUGCUUCUUGGUGGUGCCGUCGUCGCCGGCGGCUGCAACGAUACACGGCGGUCGUCGGUCCCGGCGAUCUUCCUGUUCGGCGACGGCGCGCUGGACGUCGGCAACAACCAAUACUUGCCGUCGUCCGAGGCCGGAGACCCGAUCCGCGCCGAUCACCCCUUUUACGGCAUCGACUUCCCCGGCGGCAAUGCCACCGGCAGGGUCAGCAACGGCUACACCAUGGCCGACUUCAUUGGACGACGCAGAAUCAGUAUCACUGCCGAGACAAGUGCGAUACUUCUCCAACACCGUGGAGGAGCUGAACGGCACCGUGACCGAGCACGAGCUAACCGAGCUUCUCUCCAAGUCCCUCUUCCUCAUCUCCGCGGGCACCUCCGACCUCUACCGCAUCGCCAACAUACUCGACUCGCCGUCGCCGUCGCCGCCGCCGCCCGACAACGAGACCGACAUCCCGCACCUCGUCGCCUCCUACGGCGAGCUCGUCGUCCGGCCACUGCACGCCCUGGGCGCGAGGAGGUUCGGCGUCGUCAACGCCCCGCCGAUCGGGUGCGCGCCGGCGGUGACGGAGCAGCCGCACAGCCACAGCCCCGUCGGCGGUUGCGACGACCGGAUGAACGCCCUCGCGAGGGAGUUCAACGACGGAUUGGGGUCUCUCAUGGCCGGGCUGAGCUCCUCCCUCCCCGGCCUCCGCUACUCUGUCGCCGAUUUCUACGGCUUCUCCAAUGCCACCUUCAUGAACCCGUCGGCUAAUGGGUUUACGAACACUGAUGCUGCGUGCUGCAAAGGGCCCUGCAAUGAGCAGUUCGGAGCGCCGUGUGGGAACCGGAGGGAGUACUGGUUCUGGGACGUGGGGCACACCACGGAGAAGGCCGCUAAGCUGGCAGCAGCUGCAUUUUACGACGGAGAACGCCAGUUCACCACGCCGCUUAACUUCAAGCGGUUGAUGGGAAUACACUGGAGAUGAUCGAGAUCUCCUAAUUUUUCACAUAUUUAAUAGCAAAUUUGAUGGGAAUACACUGAUCAGAGAUGAUCGAGAUCACAUUUUA